CUUUCGAUUACUGAAGAAUUUGACGACGUAGCUUAGAUGUAGCAUGGCGUAAUUCGAAAGUACAGCCUGUAUUUGUUAAAGAAAUCGUAAGAAGUUAAAGUAUAGGAGUUAAGUGCUUGCUGGUUGAAAUUUGCACAAAGAAAUAUGGAUUAAUCUUUUGCUGCUGUUAUACAACACGUCGACAAGUUCACAAAUCAUAUUUGUGUCGAUUUUGAGUUAAUAUUGUUGUGACGUUUAGGGGAAAUUUCAUGAAGUAGGAUUCGUGACUAACUGGCGGUUUGUUUUGUCUGUGAAACAACCAACUCUGGCCAAGAAGUCCAGUAAAUAUUUGGCACAGUUAAUCUCCGUGUACAAUAAUAAACAUGGAGGACGAUUACGGAAUAGAAGAGGAUGAGAACGCGCGUUUGUUGGGCGAUCUUGGCUCAGAUUGGGUCGGCGGUAUGGAUCCUGCGCCAUUAUUCGCCCAUGUGGAGUUCUUGAACCUUGAAAAGGAUCAAAUAUUCGAGAAGGUUCAAUGCAGAGUUGGCGGUCACGCAAGGCAGAUUCUGGAAAAUGCAGUGAUACAGAUGAAGGCUACCUUUAGUAAUGCACAGCUCUGCCAAAUUGUCGGUUGCGUUAGGCGAGAAGAAGAGGCUGCUAGAAUAGUCGGCGACGGCAAUGAUUAUCUUUUGAUGAAGAAUGAGGGCGAGCAGAUGAACCUUGCGGAUAAUUUCAUUGAUCCUGAGCAUGGCCCAAUUCCUAUACCAGAAGUUAUUAACGGUCAAGAAUGUAAAACUCUCCGUUUCUUCGUUGAUCUCGGCAAGGUUUACAGCAGUCAAAAUUUUCCAAUAUUUAAACUGGUUAGGACGGACACAGCCGUGAGAAAUCGUUUUCAACUAAGGAUCCAACUUCAGUUUGCAGACCGAGAACCAUCUGAAUGGUUUGAAAGUCCUGUAUUUCGAUGCCGAACCAGACGAAAUCCAACUAAACCACCUCCUUUUAUGGAGAUUGAAACUUCAGAGCCUCCUCCAAUGGUAACCGACAAUGUGAUAACAAACUCCCUCACAGCCAGAACAGCGAAAAUCGACGACCUUGUUUUCGGCUCUGCCGCCAGUUCAAAUGCUGAUAUUGCAUACCAUCUAAAACUUAAAGAUGAUGAGCUUGGCGCGGAACUUCAAGAAGGCGAUGUGGUAGGGUUUUUCACUGAUGACGAUUGUGGUGAGACGUAUGUGAAGUUACUCAGUAGCAAGGACUGUGACACCGCUGUUCAUGCCGGAGUUGUCAGUCGUUCUUAUUAUUUAUCUGCGAAUAAAACGCCUGAGGAUGGUAAGACAGACACAGUGUGUGUCGUGGGAAUAGUCAACGUUAAAGUUAUUGGAAGUGUGGAAAAUGGCGAACGAGUUUACGCUUCAAUUGAUCGUCCCGGAAAAGCGAUACCACAAUCACAUCUUCCAGUUGGGAGCUUUCUGAGAAAGAAACACGUUCUUCUUGGAAUGUCUAUGGAGCGAAAAUACCCGAAAUCGUUUGAGGAGGAACAUUUGGUAAAGUGCUUUGUUUGUAUUGUUCUGGACAUCGGACGACAAGAUGUUUUGAAAGAAGUGGAAAGUAUCUACGAAAUAUCUGAAAAAUCGACACAAGAACAAAUAAAGUUUGCUUCCAAAAAAGCGUGGCGACGGCUGAAGUGUUGUUUUCUCACGACUGCCAUUUUUGUAAUACUGCUGGCAUUUUUCCUCUACCAGGUCUUUGUACCGGGUUCGAUGUUCCGGUACUGGCUUUGCAGUAGGGGCCGUAUCACCGGAGACCUGCGAGUUAGUGUUACUCCUUACAGAGCAAUUACUGAGAUAAUUGAUGUUCAUGGAAUUCGUUUCACCUACGCAAGACUCAAAGAGAAGGUGUCUGACGACUUUAACAGGAAUCAUAACAGAGCCGGCGAAGAUUUCUACUACUUUCUCAAUCUGGACAGAUGUGCCUAUUACGGUGACGUAGGGCCAGUUCGUGAUUACUCAUCCGGGACAUACAAGUCGAUAGGCGGGGGCAAAGUCCUGAGUACUAACUUCAACUGCAGCACGGUUUACUGGUAUGGGCAUCACCCGAACGACACGAAGCCUGUUUCCACGUGGCAUCCUUAUAUCUCUGCCCAGGACCUGAGAUGCACGCCAAAACCACCCUAUUAAUAACAGCCAAAACAAACAAGUCCUUCACAGCAUGAUUGAUAUCAAGGAAAUGAGAUCAAUUCCACUCUCUCCCAGAGGAACGGGAGACGAACAAAAUAUGACUGUAAUAUAUAAGAAUUGCGAUAGUUUAGUGCCACGUGGAAAGCUGGUGCUGUAUCUGCCAUAACUGCAUAUGUUCUUAUCGAAGUUGUGCCGUAAAUAGUAUAGAAUUCCACUUACGGAGCCAAACAAGUAGAAAUACAGUAAGUCUGCAUGUACAUCUAUCACAAUCAAACUGGUUCUUCUUGGCUAGUGACUUCCGGUACUCUUGUUAACCAAGUUUCGUUAAAUCAUUACAUAAAGUUCUCAGGUAAAAUGGGUAAAACAAUGAGAGACUGUGGCUCAACUGCACAUGCUUAACUAAUACCUGCUGUUGUAUAAUGUAGAGCUGCAAGUUACUUAACUAAAAUAUUGGACUCUACAUAUACUCUGACUAUAUGUAUGUAUAUAUAUAUAUAUAUGCAUGCAUUGAUGAUCGCAACGAUAGCACCAUAGAAUUUGAAUGCAUUCUUAUACAAUAUAAUUGAAAGUGCUUUCCAAAUAGGCUUAUAAAUCGUGCUCAAAAACACACUCUUGUAUAAAAUUGCUUAUAUUAAAGAAAAAUGCUUUCGCGUCUAUCUAUUUGACUAUAAAAGAUCUCAAGGCUCAUCAGGCGGCCAUAAAGAAGUUCUUUUGUGUAAAUUGAAUUGAAAUUUGAAAAGCCGGUUUUUUGAAAAUGGAUAUGUUGUAAUUUCAGACAUAAGGGCUGGCAUAUGGAACAAGAUGAGUUCGUAUCUCUAUAUUUGAGCAUCUGCAAGGACACAACCAAUAGUGAAUUAUUAUGAAAGAUAUUUGAUAUAUAAUGUCAAUGAUGACGAGUAUUGUUGAUGUAGGACUCGAAGCCGAAGGGAAUUCCCCUGCAUUUUCUGUUGUUGACAACAUCGCAUCGUUUCGUUUUAAUUUGCGUCUAAGAAAUCGUUUAUACUUUGUCAGGAACUUACCAGAGAGUUAGAAUAUACAAAGGUAGUCUUUACUGAAAUUAAAAACGAUAUUUCUUUUGCGAAGUCUUUCGUAAUUUAUUUCAUUGUGACGGCGCGUGAAUUAGAUAUUCCAUUAUUAUCCCAGUUUAUACCCGUCAACGGGAAUUAUAAUAUCCAACCUAAGCAAAAAGAUAGAAGAGGAUUCUUCAACAUUCUACUGAUCAAAAAAGUGAGGAUUUAUAUGGAAGUGUCAGACGAGAAAGAAUCAUCGUCGAGGGAAACUUUACUACAACAGGAGGGUGGACUCGAUUCUGUUAUUGACGAGCUGGAGAACGAGAAUAUUGAACAUUCUGCUGUCCAAGUGUUAAAGAUUAAUCUCAGAGACGAAUACUUGAAAAUUCAGAAAAAAAAGGUGGCAGGAUCUCAGCAGAGAAUUGAAGAUGGGAUCGUUUACUUCACUGUAUUUUCCCUGAUGCAGAUCAUGAAGGUUCGAACCUUCGUACAGAGGUUGUCGGAUUUCGCGGAAGAUGUCGUUUAUAACCGACCGAAGAACGGAUGGUUUGAACUGUAUACGAGAAACGUGAGGCAAACAAUGGCCACAUACGACUACAUGGCGGACUUGGACAGCGUUUACCAAAGCGUCGAAGGCAACAAUGUUUACAGUCUGUUUAAGAACAAAGGCAGUUGUGUGAAAAACACUUACGUCUUUUUUGUUAUGGUCGAGCUCGUUGAUCAAACUACCGAAGAAUUUUGUUGGACGUUUCAACUGAAAACUAAGCCUGUUUUAAGAAAUGCAAAGAGCCUGAGGGAUCAUGGUCUGUAGGCGCUGAUCCGCCCGUAGUGACGGGUGGAAGGUGCGUGCUUCGUCAUUUGACUUAAUGGGACUUCACCAAUCACAUGAGCUAACCGAUUCAACAUAGCUAGAUCACCAGUUAUAAAUAUAAAUCAUAGAAAAUUAAAAAAAAAUAAACUGCUUAUGAAGCACAAGUUAUUUUGAGGGGACACUGGUUUAUCUUGGCUCUGGUUAUAUAUAAAUGUAAGGAAUCUACUUUACAAUAUGGCUUGAUAAUAUGAUGCUGACAUUAUCAAUUUAACUAAAGGUGUCUAAUCUGAGUGUACAAACUUUGUACAUGUAAUUACUUUGCUUACGGAGGAAAAUUUUUAAAAUAAA